UCCAAACCAAGCGUACCCAACGUGCUCUAAAACCAGCGUAGUGACAUAACGUCUUUGUGUUGGCAAAUCACGGUGAACGCUGGGCGGGCAUUGUGAAGCUGUAGUUGAGUGUUAGCAGGCUAACUAGAGAAAGAAAGCUAACUAAUCGUGAGAGUGGAAGUGGAGCUAACGUUAAAGGCAACUGUCAAAACAGCAAGGGGAGCAGUAUUAGUGAAGUGAUAAUUCCGUUAGAUGACUAGCUACAUGAAUAGAUGUGUAGCUAGUUAAUCAGAGACCGUGUUUGUCAGAUGCCCGAGGAGCAUUUUGGAUACUACAUCGAUUGUCCCAUUUCCAAACGGAAACCAUUUCUGGACAAACAGUUCGUAGCUAGCUAGCCAGCUAGCUGAAUCAUCCAGGAGACUUUUCAUUGUCACCUACAAACCCAAACUGAAUGUUUUGUCUGUCAUGAGUCCGGCCGGGUGCUCCCAUGUGAACGGUUAUAAAGUGGAUAAUUGGAAACAAAAUCUUCGAGUCAUAUACCAAUGCUUUGUUUGGAGUGGUACUGCUGAGACCAGGAGACGCAAGGUGCUUCAGAGUGAUGCAGGAUGGACAGAGCUGGCCAAGUCGUGUAUCUGUCACAUGUGUGGCGCCCACCUGAACAGACUCCACUCUUGUCUCUACUGCGUUUUUUUCGGCUGUUUUACGAAGAAACACAUCCACGAGCACGCAAAAAACAAGAGACACAAUCUAGCGAUAGACUUAUUAUACGGGGGAAUUUAUUGUUUUGUGUGUCAAGACUACAUAUACGACAAAGACAUGGAGCAGAUUGCCAAAGAGGAACAGAGGAAAGCAUGGAAAUUGCAAGGCAUAGGGGAGAAAUACACAACAUGGGAGCCGACCAAGAGGGAGCUAGAAUUAUUACGACACAAUCCAAAGCGGAGGAAAAUCACUACAAACUGUACCAUAGGUUUACGAGGGUUAAUAAACCUGGGCAACACAUGUUUCAUGAACUGUAUUGUUCAGGCCCUAACACACACACCGCUGCUUCGAGACUUCUUUCUCUCCGACAGACACAAGUGCGAGAUGCAAUCAAACUCCUGUCUGGUGUGUGAGAUGUCGCAGCUCUUUCAGGAGUUCUACUCGGGCCACCGUUCACCUCACAUUCCCUUCCGGCUGCUGCAUCUGGUGUGGACUCAUGCACGUCACCUCGCAGGCUACGAGCAGCAAGACGCCCACGAAUUCCUCAUCGCAGCGUUAGAUGUACUACAUAGGCACUGCAAAGGGGACACCAUCAGAGAUGACAAUGGGAAGAAGGCCAACAAUCCAAACCACUGUAACUGCAUCAUUGACCAAAUCUUCACUGGGGGCCUGCAAUCAGAUGUUACCUGUCAAGUUUGCCACGGGGUUUCCACGACGAUAGAUCCAUUCUGGGACAUCAGUCUGGACCUUCCUGGCUCAUCGACUCCUUUCUGGCCCCUCAGCCCGGGAGGGGAUGGCAGCACAGUCAAUGGAGAGAGCCACCUGUCAGGGUCCACCACUCUCACAGACUGCCUACGCAGGUUUACGCGGCCAGAGCAUCUAGGAAGCAGUGCCAAAAUCAAGUGUGGCGGUUGCCAUAGUUACCAGGAAUCCACCAAACAGCUGACAAUGAAGAAGCUCCCCAUCGUAGCAUGUUUCCAUCUUAAACGGUUUGAGCACUCUGCCAAACUGCGGAGGAAGAUCACUACAUAUGUUUCCUUCCCCCUAGAGUUGGACAUGACGCCAUUCAUGGCAUCCAGCAAAGAGAGCAGAAUGAAUGGGCAGUAUCAACAGACGGUUGAUGUAUUAAACAACGACAAUAAGUAUUCCUUGUUUGCGGUGGUCAACCACCAAGGCACAUUAGAGAGUGGCCACUACACCAGCUUCAUCCGCCAGCACAAAGACCAGUGGUUCAAAUGUGAUGAUGCCAUAAUCACCAAGGCCAGCAUUAAGGAUGUACUCGAUAGUGAAGGGUAUCUCUUAUUCUACCAUAAACAGUUCCUUGAGUAUGAGUAG